AUGACGGAUGGAGAGCGCUCCCCGCUGCUCUCGGACCUCGGAGAUGGUGGCGGAAUGGGGACAGCCCAGAGUCCUGGGACGCCGUCUCCGGGCAGCGCACUCCCCACAGCCCCUCCAUACGAUGUUCCCGGUCCCACCCCCAGCAACAAGCCGCAAGGUUUCCCUGUAUUUCCAGCAGGUCACGGCUCCGUGGUACCCACUGAAGAUCCUCCUCCGUAUUCACCUCUGACAAGCCCAGAAAGCGGCUCCGCGCCCAUGAUAACCUGCAGGGUUUGCCAGUCGCUCAUCAACGUGGAGGGAAAAAUGCAUCAGCACGUGGUGAAAUGCGGAGUCUGCAAUGAAGCAACGCCCAUAAAAAAUGCUCCACAAGGGAAGAAAUACGUGCGCUGUCCUUGCAAUUGUCUGUUGAUCUGUAAGGUCACGUCUCAGAGAAUAGCCUGUCCAAGACCAUAUUGUAAGCGAAUCAUUAAUUUGGGACCUGUGCAUGCAGGGCCUCUGAGUCCAGAGCCACAGCCAGUAGGUGUGCGAGUCAACUGCGGACACUGCAAGAACAAUUUUCUGUGGACGGAGUUUACGGACAGGACAUUGGCCCGUUGCCCUCACUGUCGUAAAGUCUCCUCCAUUGGUCUGCGUUAUCCACGGAAGCGCUGCGUCUGCUGCUUCUUGUUGGGCUUUUUAUUCGCCGUAGCUGCAGCUGGACUUGUGGCUAGUACCUGGACGUUGGCCCGUCGUUAUGGUGGGAUUUAUGCCUCCUGGGCAAUAAUGUUCCUGGUCACGUUGGUGUUUUUGGGCCGUGCCAUUUACUGGGCAUGCGUGCGUGUCAGCCACCCCAUACAAAGCUUCUCUUAAGCUUGUUAGGACCUUCCUUUUUCCGGUUCCUCCCCUUGAUGGCCACAGGGCGCCAGCGAGGAUGUACUGCAGCGGCUUUCGACCGGGAGAUGAAGUCAUCGCUGCUGUACUUUGGUUCCAGAAUCUCAAUCCUUCUGCCGAUAGAUGCUGCUGCCCAUGGCUAACCUCUUCACCGCCAGGGGACUGCAGUGUUUUGUGGAACCCUGUAGCUGCCAAGGGGUUAAUUCCUUUUUUUUUUUAUUUCAAGGGUGUUAGGGACACUUAAGACUUGGUUUUUAGGGCUGUAACCGUUUGGUGUGUUAUAGCGGAUGCAGGAUAAUGUUUACAUUAAGGAGAAGCAGCUCUGGAGGUGUGUGUAUACAAGUGGAUGGCUGUGCAUCACGUUGAAGAUCAGAGACACAUCCAGCAAGUACCCGAGGGGUUGGUGAGCUGGUCCUCAUAUGAUGAACACCCCUUAAAUAAGCUCUCUUCUCAUUGGUUCAUAUCCUAUCAUCUGUUGCACCUUAACAUAUUUUUUGUUAUUGAUGUGUUUGUUUGUUUUUUAAUUUAAAGGCUAGGAAAUUUAACUUUAAGCCCCCAUUGCUGCGACUGAGUCCAAUCAGCCUAACCAUAGAGGCCUUCACAAAGCUAUUCCUUAAUCUAUUUGCUAUAGGUAGGGAACAGUUAUCUGUUAAUUACUGUUCCCUUCCAAAGCAUCAUCAAAUAUUUAGUAAUAACCUAGGGCAUGCAGUAUACACUGAAAGAGGUGGUCGGUGCAUCUCCAAACUGCUUACUUAUUGAUGCUGGUUUAUACCAGAGAUACUGCUGCAGGUGUCUUUCCUCUUCACCAUGGCUGAUAAGGUCUAAAUUUUCCUAUGGAGCAAUAUCCGCAUUUAUUGAUAGCAGGUCCUCAGGAAUCUGGAAUGUUGUUUAAAAAUGGAAUAUUACCAAACUCUACUUCAUCUGGUAUGACCACUUACAUGAACCUUCAGGGCCAUGAUUGUAGGUUUCUCUGAUUGAUACACAAAUUAUAAACUUUGUGAUCACUGACUUGUGACCCUCAAGGACUAGUGGUGGACACGUUCUGUUUUCCGGCAGAGAGGUUAAAGUUUGGUGCCCUCUACCACUCAAUGCAUUUGGUAGCCAAAGGUUGUUUAGCACAUUGAUUAAUAUCAUGUUGGCUAUUAACACUGGAAUUUUAUUUUUUGCGUCCUCCUUAUGUUUGUAACGGAAAUCAGGAGCACUCUAUGUGCCCAGAAUCGGUUUUUUUAAUUUCACUACCUCUAGAAAAGUACAUAAGAAGAUCCUGGACAUUAGAAAAGGUGCCUCUGACUUUUUCCUCCCUCGCGUUUACCACGCAGAAUAACAUACCCUGAAUUUCCUUUUGGGUUCGAGGCGCGGGGACUAGUUCCUUUACCAUCAAGUACAAGCGUCUGAUCUUGUAUGUUGCGGGAGAGAAAAUGAACAGUUUGAGUAAUGGAGGGCUGUUAAUUUGCAGGGUCCAAUUUGCAUUUUUAUGUUUGUGCUGUUCGGUUGUAAAUAAUUUUUCUAUUUUUUUUUUUUUGUGCUGCUGUGCCUCCUGCAACUUUUACUUUGCUUGGAACUGCUUAUAAAACUUGUUUUUUAUUACUGUGUCUCUAGCUUGCUUGCGGAUUUUAAAAGCUCUGCCUCUUC